AUGAGGAACAUUGCAGCCACGCUCCUGGCAGCAGCCGCUACUGUUGCCGCUGCACCUGUGGUCGAAGAACGCCAGAACGACUUGGUGUUCGACUACAUCGUCGUCGGCAGUGGAGCAGGUGGUGGGCCAUUGGCGAGUCGACUGGCUCGUGCAGGCCAGUCCGUUCUCCUCAUCGAGAGUGGAGAUGACCAGGGCACAAACUACAAUUACACAGUGCCUGGUUUCCAAGCCGCUGUCACUCAAGACCCGCAGAUUGCUUGGGAUAUCUACGUGAACCACUACCAAGAUCAAACCAGAGCCAGACGAGAUCCCAAGUAUGUCGAGGGCAAGGGAAUUCUUUAUCCUAGAGCCGGAACUUUGGGUGGCUGCGUCUCUCACAACGCCUUGAUCUGGAUCACCCCACAUGCCUCUGACUGGGACAAUAUCGCUACCAUCACUGGAGAUUCUUCCUGGUCGUCUGCCAACAUGCAAAAGUACUUGGCGAAGAUCUACGAAUGGCAACCCACUGGUCCCACCGACCCAGCCAUUCUUUUGAAGGACACCACGCUUGUCCAGCACUUGGCCGGCGGUGCUGCCGUGAUGGGCGUUGGUCCGGACCCGCUUGCUGCCGUUACGGGACUCGGACAGACUCUGCUUACUGACCCGAACAACACUCCAGGUCGCGACUCCUUGGAAGGCUUCUACCAGAUCCCGCUCAUCCAGCGAGGUGGCCAGAGAGUCUCUGUGAGGGACUUCAUCGUUGACACCGAGAACAGUGGCUUUCCCCUCACCAUUCGUACAAAUUGUCACGUUACUAAGAUCAAUUUCAAUACCACUGGCUCUACUCCCAAGGCUGUUGGCGUCGAAUUCUUGGAUGGCAAGCAUCUGUACAGAGCAUCUCCACUUAGUGGUGCUGCUGGUACUCCUGGAAAGGCUACCGCCAGGAAGGAAGUCAUCAUGGCUGGUGGAUCGUACAACACCGUACAGACCCUCAAGCUGAGCGGCGUGGGUCCAGCAAGCGAGCUGAACAGGUUUGGCAUCGAAGUCGUCAAAGACGUGCCAGGCCUCGGAAAGAAUAUGCAAGAUCGCUACGAGAUCCCGGUAAAUGCAAGGCAUCCCAAUGACUUCUCGAUCCUGGACGGUUGUACCUUUGACGCCAAGCCGCACGACGACAACAUCGAUCUCUUCAUCUUCGGUGGACCAGUCAACUUCACCGGCUACUUCCCUCGCUGGGGCGAUGCAGCGGUCGCGAGCCACAAAGUCUUCAGCUGGUACACAUUGAAGGCUCACACGCGCAACAAGGCCGGGACGGUUGAGCUGAGAUCGACCAAUCCGCUCGACACGCCCAUCAUCAACUUCAACUAUUUCGACACCGGGACGACAGCAGGCGGGGCGGACCAGAAAGAUGUCAACGCCUUGGUUCAAGCGAUCAAAAUGUCUCGCGAAGCAAACCAGCGAUACUCCAACUAUGCCAUCCUUGGUGGCACCAACUUCAGCGAAGAGAGGCCUGGUGCGGCUGCAGACACGGAUGCGGCAUUGCAACAGUUCGUGAAGGACGAGGCAUGGGGGCAUCAUGCCUGCUGCACUGCACCUAUCGGCUCUGCGAGCGACAGCAAUGCCGUCUUGGAUUCCAAGUUCCGCGUCCGGGGUAUUGAUGGGUUGAGAGUCGUGGACGCGAGCAUUUUCCCGGCCAUACCGGGCAUAUUCAUUACGGCGCCUAUCAUGGUGGCCAGCGAGAAGGCCGCUGACACGAUUCUUCAUGGAUAG